AUGGCUUAUUCUGUGAACACAACUCCUUUGUUACAAAAUGGAAUUAAUUCUGAUGAAGAGGAAGAGGUGCAACAUGAAGUGGUUGUUAAAGAUGAUAAACCCUUGUUCAAGCCACUGGAACCUAGAGACAAAUUCAAUGUGGCAUACUUCAUAUUAUAUUUUUUGGGAAUAGUCUCUUUGUUGCCCUGGAAUUUUUAUGUAACGGCUGAUGAUUAUUGGAUGUACAAAUUUAGAAAAGUUAGCAAAAAUUCAAGUUACAUUUCCACUGACCAACGUACCCCAUUGCAAGCUGAGUUCACGUCGUAUUUAAGUUUAGCAUCAUCUUUGCCAAAUCUGGUAUUCCUUGCUUUAAACACUGUAAUUAGUCACAGGAUCUCGUUGAAUCUUCGUGUGAUUGGAUCGUUGAUUUGUAUGUUAAUAUUGAUGCUGUUUACGUUGAUAUUUGUUUAUGUGGACACAGAUUCAUGGCAGCAAACGUUUUUCGGUUUAACAUUGCUGACGAUAAUUCUUCUUAAUGUAUGUAGUGCUAUAUUCUCCGGAAGCCUGGCAGGAGUGGUGGGAAAAUUCUCGGCCAAAUACAUAACGGCAGUGACUGCCGGCCAGUCGCUAGGAGGGAUAUUCGCUGCCCUCGCUCAGAUCGCCGCCCUGUCCAUAGGCGCUUCCUCCACCCACUCCGCCAUGGUCUAUUUCAUCAUCGGCAACCUGAUGAUCGGCCUGUCGAUUUUCCUCUACGUGUUCCUCGAGAAAUCCAUUUUCUUCAAGUACCACGUAGAGAAUUGCGUGGGUGUGGACGAGUCUCAGGAUGUGGUGGCUGCCGUGAGGAGCAGUUACAAGAUUAUUUUGAGGAAGAUGUGGGGUUAUGGGUUCUCGGUUUUCGUCAUUUUUGCGAUUUCUUUGGCCGUUUAUCCUGGAGUUACUGUUUUGGUGGAGUCGGAAGGCAAAGGACAUGGUAAUAGGUGGAAUGAUGUAUAUUUCGUUCCAACAAUAACAUAUCUGUUAUUUAGUCUUGGGGAUUACGUAGGACGAAUAAUUUCUGUCAAAAUCAUGAAGCCAAAGAAUGUCACCCUGAUCAUACUAUUGAGUUUGGCCAGAUUCAUCUUCAUUCCCCUGUUACUGUUGUGUAACGAGAAUCCUAGACAUAAUUUGGCAGUUGUGUUCGACAAAGACUGGCAGUAUAUUAUGAUAAUGUUCCUGUUCGCUAUCAGCAAUGGGUACUUGGCCAACUUGACUUGUGUUUUGGCUCCUAGAGCCGUUGAUGUCCAUGAAAAAGAGCUAGCAUCCAUCAUAAUGACAGUUUUUGUAGGAUUAGGUUUGACGUUAGGAUCAACGAUCUGUUUAUUUUUAGUGAAAAUUAUAUAA